ACCCUGGAGAACAUGACCAGUCAGUCCCUGGGGAUCCAUCAGCUGCUGCAAGCAGAGAAACGAGCCAAAGAGAGGUUAGAGGAGGCUAAGAAGGGGAAAGGAAGACGACUCAAACAAGCAAAGGAUGAGGCUCAAGCUGAGAUAGAUCAAUAUCGUCUGCAAAGAGAGAGCGAGUUUAGACAGAAGCAAACCUCGAUCAUGGGAUCUCAAGGUAACCUUUCAGUCCGAGUGGAUGAGCAAACUCAAGCAAAAAUCAACUGGCUUAAAAGCGAUCACCAACAGAACAGGGAAAAGGUUCUGUACCAACUCUUGGGGCUGGUGUGUGAAAUCAAGCCAGAGGUCCAUAUCAAUUUCAGAGUUGGUGGCUCACAUUAAGGUGCAGAGCUGAAGUACAAGAUAUCAAUGCAAAAUUGGAACUUCAAAUUAUAAAACUGGCAUUGCUCAAAUCCAGUUGCCCUGCCAAUAUCUUUUCAGUGGUCCAGAUACACAAUUAACUGUCUGUAGCUUUUAAUUUCUCCUUGUUUACCCUUGUUUUUCAACCUUUUAGAUAGCAUUUUCUUUCCUGAAUUCCAGGAAGUAAACCCACUGUAUAUCAACAAUUCAUCAUUGGUGUGAGCAAGGCCCAAACAGCAUACGUACAUCACAUGCCCUAUGGAUCCAAUAUUUCAUCCAUUUUAUUGCAGAAAAAGGCAUAAGCCUGAGUCCAUAAGAUAUUUCAAAAAUAGAUGCGUAUGGUCCCUCUUUAGUAACAAAUACAAUGGGUCGCAAACUACAGUUGCAAGUAAAACACAAACCUUUGAGAGAAGGACAAUUCUCGUAGUCUGAGGAAGACAAUUCGUUUAAGCUGUCUGGUAUAUAGUAUCAAGAUAGCUGCAUAAAAUUACUCAGAGUCACUAUUAAAAAAUAUACA